AUGGCUUUACGAUUAAAUAGCGAGAGCAACGAAAUAUAUCAUUUAGGUUCGGGCAACAUAAGGCAGCGAAAAAAAGGACAAGAUUAUAAAAACCUUUCAUCCGAUGCAUUUUUUUUAAAAAACAGCUUAAAGGGAAAGAAAGCUUAUAAAUCUUUUAUAGAGGUGUCUAUUGAUGGAUAUAAUCUCCUUGGACUUUUCAUAGUUUCUCUCUUUGUAAGAUUAUACAACCUAGGUUAUCCAGCAUCAAAAGUACAAUACAUUAAACGCAGUUUCUUUCUGGAUUAUGAUCCACCAUUAGUAAGGUUAAUUUUCGCCUUCGUUGGUUUCUUGUGUGGAUUCGAUAACGAUUUUGAAUUUAGUGAACACAGGGAUUAUAUUGAACUUGAGUUUCCAUAUGUGGCCUUACGCUAUGUGUCAGGAAUAAUAGGAAUUUGCAUAAUACCAAUUGCUUAUUUAACAAUCAAAUCCGCUGGAUUUUCGAAAACUGCAGCAUUUUUGGUUUCUGCUUUAUUGAUAUUUGAGAAUGGAUUAGUAACCCAAAGUAGAAUUAUUUUACAUAGUUCACCGUUGUUAACUUUUACUGCAUUUACAUUGUUGAUGUGGGUCAAAUGUUAUACUGAACAAAAAAGACCAUUUGAGUUAUGGUGGUGGGUCUGGAUGAUGUUAACUGGAGUAGGUCUUGGCCUCACAAUAAGUGCAAGUUUGGAGGGUUUUUUCACAAUGGCCUUUAUCGGUCUCUUAGCAUUAAAAGGUCUAUUGGAUUUAUUAUGUGAUUUACACAUGUCCCCUAAACGAUUUACAAAACAUCUUCUUGCUAACGCAUUAUGUUUAGUAGUUGUUCCUGUUAUUCUGUACAUAACUUUCUUUUAUAUUCAUCUUGAAGUCUUAAAAAAUGGCGGUCAUGAUGUAUUGUACAUAAGUCCUGAAUUUAGAACGACAUUAAAUGCAUCUACCAUGGAUGAUACAUAUAUAGAUGUUGCAUUUGAUUCUACCAUAACUCUUAAACAUGUUGGUACGGGAGGUUACUUACAUUCACAUCAGGUUGCUUAUCCGAGAUCCGAAGAUGAUGAUAUCCAUCAUCAAGUUAGUCUUCUUAUGCAUGAUGGCAGUGAUGAUGAUAAUUUUUGGAUUAUUAGAAGAAUUGAACUUGAUGACCAUAGAGAUCAUACAGAUUCUCAAAAUCCCGCAACUUUUCAAGAAUCUCAGGAUCUUCAGGAAUCUCAAGACAUUCAAGAGCCUCAAGGUCUUCAAGAACUUCUUGAGCCUCGAGGCCUUGAAGAAUUUCAAGACCUUCAAGAACCUCAGGACCUACAGGAAUCUCAAGACAUUCAAGAACCCCAAAAACGAGAGUCUCAAGGCCUCGAAGAAUCUCAAGACCUUAAAAAACCUUGGGACCUUCAGGAGUCUCAAGACAUUCAAGAGCCUCAAGGUCUUCAAGAAUUUCGAGAGACUCAAGGCCUUGAAGAACCUGAAGAACCUCGGGACUUUCAGAAAUCUCAAGACUUUCAAGAGCCACAAGACCUUGAAAAACCUCAAGAACUUCAAGGUCUUGAAGAACCUCAAGAACCUCAAGGCCUUGAAGAACCUCAAGGUCUUGAAGAACCUCAAGGUCUUGAAGAACCUCAAGGUCUUGAAGAACUUCAAUACCUUCAAGAGUCUCAAGAACUUCAAGAACCUCAGGAAUCUCAAGAAUAUCAAAUUCUUCGAGAACUACCUUAUAGAAACAUCCUUGACUGGAUUUACAAUGGAGCAUUAAUUCAUUUAGAACAUGCUAAGACUGGUAGAAGUUUACAUAGCAACACAACAAAUGCACCGGUUUCAGAUGGUGAAUUUCAAAAAGAAGUUAGUGCACGAUUUUUCGAUGAAGUUUUAGAUACUACCGAUCUUUGGCGAGUGGAAAUUGCAGAAGAUGAUAAAUCAGAUCCGGCAUCUAGUAGACGUCUUCGAUCGAUUCAUACAAAAUUCCGGCUAUAUAAUUAUGAAACAGGAUGUUAUCUUUUUUCACAUUAUAUUAAAUUGCCAUCCUGGGGAUCUGAUGAAAUAGAAGUUACUUGUAUCACGGAUGGUAAUUACAAAAAUUCGUUAUGGUACAUAGAAACAAAUUCUCAUCCAGAAUUACCACAAGACGCAGAAAUGGUUAAUUAUAAAAAGUUGGGAUUUUUUAAGAAAUUUUAUGAAACUAAUUUAGGUAUGUGGGAAUAUCGUCUCGAACGCUAUUCUCAUCAUACUCGUCGCCCUUUGUCAUGGUUAUUCUUGAAUGGUGGUGUCAGCUUUUGGAAAGAUGAAGAAGAAGAACGUCAAAUUUAUUUGCUUGGAAAUCCAUUUAUAUGGUGGGCCUCCACACUUGCUGUAUUCGGUUUUGUUGUUGUGAAAUCAGGCAUGCUUUUAUUAGAAAAGAGAGGAUAUAAUAUUCAUUCGAAUGCUAAAGCAAAGUAUUUUGAAUCAUGGUCCAGCAUAUUUUUCAUGGGAUGGUUAUUACAUUAUUUCCCAUAUUUUCUUAAUUAUGGAUCACCACAUUUGAAUUCUUACUUUCCUUCGUUAUAUUGUGCAAUUCUUUUAAUCGGUAUAGGAUUUGAUUUACUCACAAAUCGAUUUACAUCCACUAAUCGAAUAAUCACGGCUGUAAUAAUUUUGGCAGCAAGUAUAUACGUUUUUACAUUAUUUUCACCUAUAACUUAUGGCGAAUCAUGGACAAGAUCUGAUUGUAAUAAAGUAAAAUUGUUAAGUUCUUGGGAUUAUGAUUGUGAUUUUUAUGAUAAGGAUUAUCUUGAGAAGAUUGAAGAGGAUGAUGUUAUAGAGAUUGACAUGGAAAAUUCACCGGGUACAUAUUAUACAAAAAGUCCUGAAUUUUUAACUCAGGUAGUUGAAGGAACUUAUACAACAAAAGGAAUGGAAUGGUGGUAA